AUGACAUCAAUAGGUACCGGCUACGAUCUCUCCAACUCCGUCUUCUCACCGGAUGGCCGUAACUUCCAAGUCGAAUACGCCCAAAAGGCCGUCGAAAACGGUCCAACAACCAUCGGUCUCCGUUGCAAAGAUGGCAUAAUCCUCGCCUGCGAAAAGCUUAUAACCUCCAAACUCCUAGUUCCAGGUAGCAACAAGCGUAUCUCCACCAUUGACCGUCACAUCGGAAUUGCAACAUCAGGUCUCGUCCCAGACGGAAAACACUUCACCAACAGAGCCCGCGAAGAAGCCAUCUCAUGGCGUAGGAAUUUCAAAGACUCUGUCCCCGUCGCUUCUCUCGCAGAUCGUAUGGGUAGUUAUGCCCAAGCAUAUACUCUAUACUCCUCCGUACGACCAUUCGGCAUCACUGCUAUUCUCGGUGGUGCUGAUGACGAUGGCCCGGCGUUGUAUAUGAUCGAACCUAGUGGAAUGUACUGGGGCUACUUCGGCGCAGCAACUGGGAAAGGCCGACAAGCCGCAAAAUCUGAAAUCGAAAAGCUAAAUCCUACAGAACUGACUCUGCUCCAGGGAGUCAAAGAAGCUGCCAGAAUAAUCUACGUAGCACAUGAUGACAACAAAGACAAGGAAUUUGAAAUAGAAAUGACUUGGGUUACUAAAGACAGUAAAUCUGCCACUGCUGCCGCAACAGGUGGUAAGGGUAUGGUUUGGAACGGCUGGGUGCAUGAAGACGUACCGAAGGAAUUGUUGGAGGAGGCUAGUAAAGAGGCUAAGAAGGCUCUUGAGGAGGAUGAUGAAGACGAGGGAGAGACAAAGGAGGAGAAAAUGGAUGAAGAUCUAUAG